UCUCUUUCUCAGAGUGAAGAAAAGGCUGAAGAUGAAGCUUGCUGUAUUCGUUUCCCUGCUGGUGGUUUUACCAUUCCAGGCUUUAGCUGGUUCAUGUGUUGGUAAAACAGUGGACGUAUGGGUGGCAAAUGGCCAUGGACUUACAGGGGAUGGACUCCAAGACCCAGAUCCCUAUGUUGUGAUAAAAAUCGGCGAAGACACCCAAAAAACCAGAGUCAUUCAUUCAGACGCCAACCCAGGGUGGUGGGAGAAGUUCACCUUUUACCAGGUCACCAGUGACUUUAUGAGAAUUGAAGUGUGGGAAGCUGACGAGGGACUCCGCGGUGAUGAUGACCACCUGGGAACCUGCAUGGAGCUGAUGGACUCAGGAGGUUCCAGCUUCCACGUGGUGCAGUGUACUGUGAAGGACUCUGGUUUUGUCAAAGUCUUUUACAAGUGUUACUAAAUGUAACCUACUUUUGAAAAUGAAAUAAAAGUAUGAAUGGGUGGAUGGCAAAGGGCCGAAGAUUCAGAUUCAGAUUUUGGACCCCGCUGUAUGUUGUGGUGAAUUUUUGGAUAACCUCUCAAAAUAUAAUGAAACAUGAAAUGCUGGAUGCUGGUUGUGUUUUUCAUGCAGUGUGCUACUUUUCCUGGUGUGAGUCGUAAAUCUAGUUGUCAUAUUAGCAAAGAUUUUUAUGUAUGCCUGUUCAAAAUACAUUGGUACACUAUUACUGUUACUACUACCACUAUGGGUUCCUUUGCAGAAAACAAGUGGACUUUACCAAUAGGCAGGAGAGGCAGCUGUAAAACUGAAUUGGACCCCUAACUACUAGAGAUUUGCUGUGAUGCUUUGCUGGAAUAUUCAUUCAUUAAAUUAUGUUACUACUACACAGACAGCCUGCAUUUACUUCCAGAAUGUCCUCAACCACUUUUUUUUUCCAACGCAGUCAACAUGCCCCGACCUGCCCACCAUAAAUUAGUUAAAAUAAGCCCAAUCUUGAAAAUAUCUUAAGUAAAUCUUUUCAGAUGUUGUUGAUAAAUCUUCUGUACUUUAAUUUUAGAAACCUCUACUUUUUCAGUACAGUAUUAAUAAUUUACUCAAGUAAAAGAUUAGCUACUUGACACCUGGGUGUGACACACUGAUUUUUGCACUUUUGUUGACCAUCAGCAGUGCUGCAUUCUUAUCACAGUGUGGCUUAAUAUGUGAAACAUGUUGGAUUUUUAGUAAAAGAAAUAGAAACAGCAGGAAAGACAGGAGAGAGGUCACCAUUCAUCUGGCUCUUUUGCC